AAGCACCAGCUUACCCAAUAAAUAUGGCGGCGCCCAAGAUUGAUGUUGAAUAACACUAAAUAUUUCAAUACUCAGUCAUAACGCUUUGCAUUGUCAGCACAGGAUCGACCAGUCAUCACUUAGAGCCAUGGGAUGACUGUGCAAAUCGGCUGAUUGCUGGAAAGAGUUGAAUAUCUGGCAGUGACAAUCACUUGCUUAAUAUGAUUUGAAGCCACCAGGGGAAGAGAUCCAUAUUCAGACUAAUUUUCUCUGCAGUGGUUUAUCAGCCAUCAUUUCACCAGUAAUCAUGCAAGCAUCCCAAGCACGCUCUCUGACCUGUCUCGUCUGCCGCACCCACCGCUAUGCAGCACAGGCUAUCCGACGAUCCCCCCUCUUGGCACGCCACGCAAGCUCGGAGGCGAGGCGUCAAGCCAUGAUUGACAGGAUAAUCCGCGUGGAUCACGCAGGGGAAGUCGGGGCUGAUAGGAUCUAUGCCGGGCAGAUGGCAAUACUGGGAAAGACCUCUGUUGGGUCAGUCAUUCAGGAAAUGUGGGAUCAAGAGAAACACCACAGGGAGACGUUUGAACGAUUGGUUCCCGAACGCAGGGUCCGACCAACGGUGCUGCUUCCUGUGUGGAACAUUGCGGGCUUCGUCCUUGGUGCCAGUACCGCAUUGCUGGGCAAGGAAGGUGCAAUGGCUUGUACAGUGGCUGUAGAGGAGUCUAUAGGGGAACAUUACAACAGUCAAAUCAGGGAACUUCUGGAGGAUGAUCCAGAGGAGCAUGCCGAGCUGCUGAAGAUCAUCAAGGAGUUCCGAGACGAGGAGCUGGAGCAUCUAGACAAAGGGCUGGAGCAUGACGCAGAGCAGGCACCGAUGUACUCAGCAUUGUCCAAUGUCAUCAAGGCUGGUUGCUCUGCUGCUAUCUGGCUAUCAGAAAGAAUAUGAAGGCCGCAUCACAUAUAGGGCGCCCUCUGUUGGUGAAAGUGUGGGACAUGCAACUGCUCGUUAUUCCAACCGAGACAAAGCCCACCUGGAAAAAAAAAACAAUAUGGAAAUGGCAAAAAUGUUGGCCGUCACUUGCUAGGCGUGUGAUUACGCACCGCAGAAACACUGUGCCACAGCUUGUGCCAUUCUGAGUGUCCUUAUUUACAAGCUGUGCUGGGACACUUGUGCACGUGUAUGGCGUUAGAAUGGAUAACUACUGGAGAGUGCUUUUCUCAAGUUGACUCUGAAGAUAACAAGGCAAACAUUUGAAGGCCCAGUCACUUGUGACUUGUUUGCAUUUUAUAAACGCGUUGAAAUACCUCCUACAUGACAGUGACCCUUAUUCUCUCAUUUUAGUUUGUACCGGCUCCUGAUAGGCUGAGGCCACCCUUAGUUUCAGUCACCAUGGCAACCAUACAAAAUAAACAUUAAGACCACACUUUUUAUUUAUGUACAGAAGUUUAUUUAUAUCGUUUUUUUCCCUUCCAUUGUAAAAGAUGAUCAGUAUGGACUGUGUACGCAAGUUGGCUUACAAAACUACAGUGGAAACUACUGAAGAAUUCUCAUUGCAACCGAUUCAGGUUUUAAUCAUUCUCAAAUAACGAGAUGGCGAGUGGUAUAAGCUUUUUAACCAUGCGUAUACAAACCAAUAGAUAGAAUUGAUGAGCACAAGUUAACUUGUUUUUAGCCUACAUAGUUUUAAGAGGAAUAAAGUUGAAGCAAAUGUCGGCCAA